GGUGUGCGCGCGCGUGCGGGGCGCACGAGCGAGUCCAGACGAAGAUGGCGGCGACGGCGGGGCGAACGGCGUGAUCGAGCUGGAAGAGGAGGUGAAGAAGAAGAGAAAAAAAAAAGACGAAAGAAACACCGUGAGAGAGAUACGCGCGGAAAUGAGCGCCGCGGGACUGUAGAGUGUCUGCCUGUCUGUGCUCGUGUGUGUUUUGCAAGGAGGGCCCGAGACCCGCGGCGCAGCGCCUCGCUUCGGCUCCAUGACGGAGGGAGAAGUGGCCGGGAGCAUGGCCUCCCCCAGCACGCAGUACAUCUUCGGGGAGUUCAGCCCUGACGAGUUCAAUCAGUUCUUCGUGACUCCCCGCUGUUAUGUGGAGCUUCCCCCAUUCAACGACAAGGUCUCGUGCAUCAGUCACUCCGCAGGAAGUUACUGUGCUCCUGCUGAGCCGUUCAAUAUGGAAACAAUGAGACUGCAGGUUUGCGGGGAUGACUGUCACCGCAUCAAGUUUGGGGUGGAUGAGGUGAUGGAUGCCGACGCCGUAGGGAUGAAGGUCUCCAGCACGCUGAACCCCCAGGCUCCUGAAUUCAUCCUUGGCUGCCAGCCCCCGCAGAAGCUCCUGCCAGUGGCCGAUGUACCCGACGGUGGGCGCUAUGACACCUUGGGCUCCUCGCAUGCCGAGGGUCCUUCCAUGGAAGAUGGACAGAUGUGCCAGGACCUGGAUGGGCCUCCAGGUGCUCUGGGACAGCGGGAACGGAAGAAGAAGAAAAAACGACCGCCGGGGUACUACAGCUACCUGGAGGGGUCUGAUGGCGCAGGUGCCACUCAUGGCGAUGCCCCUCGGGGGGGAGGACUAGUCAACGGACAUGCCACCAAUUCCGUGGCCCAUGUCUCAGAGGACAUGGUGGAAGGAGUGCCACCCCGGGCUGAUAUUUCUGGGAAUUGCCCGGCAGGCGCCCCCCCUGUUGGGGUGAUGUCGGCCACCUCUGAUGCUCAGAGGACUUGCGAGAGCCCCGAAGAGGCGUCUCUUGGCCUUGCCUCUUUGUCAGACAGCAACACCGCAGCUUCCUCAUCACCCUCUUCCUCUCACAGCAGCAGCAUGGCGGAUGGGGGCAGGACUGCUCAGCCGAGGCUGGAUCCCCCUGCUCUGGAGAGCCCAGAGCUCCCAGACAGCGGGAGGCACAGCCCCAGCCCCACUUCGCCGCCACCACCCCCUUGCCCCAGCUCUGCCGAUACUCUGCCCUCUGGGACAGAGGAUAUAGUUGGGGUGGUUAACGGGCUGGCCGAGGGUGACUCCGCUAACGGUGCCGAUGAGCAGAAGGACUCCUGUGAGCCAGAGGAGCCGCUGCCUCCGGCAGAGCCGCUGCCCCCGGCAGAGCCUCCCUCUACCACCAAUGGCGAUGCGCAGUCUCACGCGCCCCCGGCCCCACUUCCUGCCCCUCCUCUGCUUCCUGCAGUCCAGCCUCCCAAAUCCUGGGCCAGCCUCUUCCAUAACUCCAAGCCCCUGCCGGGAGGCCCGCAGGCCUACGUUGAGGUGAAAAAUGUGCAGCCUGCCGUCACUACGUCUCCAGCCCCGGCCCCAACCUCGGGGGGUCCGUGUGAGACAAAGGAGGGUCCCGUACAUGUGUCAGAGGAUCCGCUGGCUCCGAAACUUGCAGAAUUCAUAGAGGAAGUGAAGCUCAUACACAAACCGGUGUCCUUACAGCCCCGAGGUCUCAUCAACAAGGGAAACUGGUGCUACAUCAAUGCUACCCUACAGGCCCUGAUUGCCUGCCCACCCAUGUACCACUUGAUGAAGUCCAUUUCCAUGUUGAACGAGACCCAGCGACUGUGCACGUCUACACCCAUGAUCGACAACUUCGUCAGGCUUGUGAACGAGUUCAGCAACAUGCCUGUGCCCCCGAAGCCCAAACUGCAAGCUACUGGAGACAAGAUAAUAAAAGAUAUUCGACCAGGAGCCCCCUUUGAACCGGACUAUAUCUACAAACUCCUGACCGUCAUCAAAUCCAGCCUCUCGGAGAAGGGCCGCCAGGAGGAUGCAGAGGAGUACCUGGGCUUCAUCCUCAACGGCCUUCACGAGGAGAUGCUGGCGCUCAAAAAGCUGCUGUCACCGCCGGAAGAAAAGACCCCUUCUCUGAAUGGCCCUGGGUCCCAGGGUGGCACAGAGGAGGACACCUUGGGGAGAGAGGAGGAGGGUGAGGACGGCAGCGAGGAGGAGUGGGAGCAGGUCGGCCCCCGCAACAGAAGCUCCGUCACUCGGCAGGCUGACUUCGUCCGCACCCCCAUCACCGAUAUAUUUGGAGGGCACAUCAGAUCAGUUGUGUAUCAGCAGAGCUCCAGGGAGUCAGCCACUCUGCAGCCCUUUUUCACGUUGCAGCUGGACAUCCAGUCAGAGAAGGUCCGCACCGUGCAGGAGGCCCUGGAGUCGCUGGUGGCCCGAGAGUCCGUCCAGGGUUACACCACCAAAAGCAAACAGGAGAUCGAGGUGAGCCGGAGGGUGACCCUUGAGGAGCUUCCUCCUGUCCUGGUCCUCCACCUCAAGAGGUUUGUGUUUGAGAAGACCGGAGGGUGUCAGAAGCUGGUGAAGAACGUUGACUAUCCCGUAGACCUGGAAAUCAGUAAAGAUCUCCUCUCACCAGGCGUGCGGAGCAAAGUUUUCAAAGGCCAAAGAACCUACAGACUCUUUGCAGUGGUUUAUCACCAUGGGAACAGCGCAACCGGCGGCCACUACACCACGGACGUCUUCCACAUCGGUCUGAACGGCUGGCUGCGCAUUGAUGACCAGGCUGUCAAAGUCAUCAGCCAGUUCCAGGUGCUGAAGCAUUCUGUGGAGCGCACUGCCUACCUGCUGUAUUACCGCCGCAUGGACCUCAUGUAGAGCCACACAUGCCCCCCC